AUGUCUCAACCGGCACAAAGGGCAGCUACACAAUCUUUGAUUUCUAAAUAUAUUAACAAGGAGACUUUGAAAUAUGUCUUCACUACACACUUCUGGGGCCCAGUUUCCAACUUUGGUAUUCCAAUAGCAGCUAUCUAUGACUUGAAGAAGGACCCUGAGAUGAUUUCUGGCCCUAUGACUGGUGCUUUGGUGAUUUACUCUGCUGUGUUCAUGAGGUAUGCGCUAGCUGUUCAGCCAAAGAACUUUUUGUUGUUCGGUUGUCAUGUUGUUAACGAGGCCGCUCAGCUUGGUCAAGCUUACAGAUACUUGGAUUAUCACCAUCUUGGUUUGUUGAACAAGAAGUCUGAUGCUGAGACCAAGACUGCCUAG